AUCUGAGAGAGUUAGAGAGGGACCGAGCCGGGAAUGUGACAGGGAGCACUCCGUGCCUGUAUAAGGGAAUGGGAGUCUCAUACCGCCAGGCCGUGUCAGUACGGAUCAUACUGGGGCAGUGCUAAUGCUUUUGCAAACUUUCCCAGUAACCCUGCUGCAGGAGAUUCAUGGUGCCCCUGCCCCCCAGGCGCAGCUUGGCCCAGCCCGGGCAGCACAGCGAUGCCCCAGGAGAUGAAACAUUCCCGUCAGAUUGCCCCGCAUUCCCUGGCUGUGGUGCUCAGUCACUUGGGUUCAUGUGAGAGGCUGGGGCUGCCGGAGGAAAAGCUGCAGCGGCACCAUGUUGGUUAUGAGAUCUUUGCGGACUUUAAAGCGGAGAACAUGCAGCAUUUCUGGAACAGAAGGGUGACCCAUGCCAUCUCCGAGACCUUCUUCCUGGGCUGGAUAGACGAACAUGUGCUGCUCAUCCAGGGCAAGGAGGAGCACCUAGGGGUGCUGAGGGAGGGCUGGGUCAGGAGGUCCCUAAAGCCCCCGCCUGGAUUUACAAUCAAGUAUCUGGGUAAGGUGGCUACCUUGUAGCACUUGUCAUUUCUUCUCAAUGGAGUAGUAGGGCAGCUGCUUUUAUAUAGGCUUUGCCAACUGCCAGGCUACCUACUGCCAGAAUGGUUUCAUGUUUGCUCUUCUAUUAAUUCCUCACCCUGCCUCCCAAGUAUGGAGCUGUGGGGAUGGCUGGGCAAAAACUUGUGCUUUAUGGGGUUUAAAUGGGUGACCCCACUGGUCAAAAUGACCCUGAAGCAGCUAGGUAAUCAUUGCAUAUUCAACAAUUAAUCUUACAUUGAGGGAUGGAGUCAUUUUGCUUGGAUUUUACUACUUUUAAUAGUUUUAACUUAGUAUGAAGUCACAACUCAAAAAUCCAAGAAUCUGUGAUCCAAGGGGAUUUUGAGAUUCGGAGGCGAUUAUUGUGAAAAAUGUUGAUAUUGUGGAGCUGUGGAGAAGACUUGGCAAAUAGUUGCUGUAUGGGGUUGCCACUAACGUGGUAGACUAAAUGAGUGACUCCACCGGUCAAAAUGACCCUGAAGCAGAUAGGUAAUUAUUGCACAUUCAACAAAUAAUCUUACAUUGAGGGCUGGACUCAUUUUGCUUGGAUUUUACUACUUUUAGUAGUGUUAACUCAAUUUCAAGUCAUAACUUAUAAAAGCCAAGAAUCUGUGAUCCAAGGUGAUUAUUAAACUUGAAGGCAAUUAUUGUGAAAAA